UCGAAUGUGUCUGUGGUAGGCGGCUCCAAACGAGUCCGCCACCUUUAUGUCUGACAGAACAUGGUACGCUGCUCAUCGAAACGAGUUUUAUUCAUGGGAUUGCUAUCAGCGCUGACAGGAAUGGUCCUACUCAUUGGAAACGUGCCCGACCCGAGAGAACUCGAGUUGCUAUUCACGACACAAGAGCGUCUGCACAAACAAAAGGAGCCAAUUAACACGUACAAUCUUCGCCAAUCAACACAUGACGACAUCACAACUAAGAGAUUAAAAUCAAUACAAGUCGUGACGCAAUCGCGACAGAAGCGCCCGGAUGAUGACUACAAUGACGUCAGAAAACUGAGUCUGCGCGUAUUCGAGAAUCGACUGACGACGGUCACGUGCACACGGCAUGAUCCUCACGUGCUGCUCUUCAACCGCAUACCCAAGUGCGCUAGCACAAGCAUAGCCACACUCCUCUUUGUCAACGCGGAGAGAAUGAAAAUGCGUUUUCUGGAAAAUCCCGAUGGAGCAUACGACUGGCAAGACAAAAACCGCACAGCUGUGGAGAAAUUACUAAUUUCCCAAUUUUCGAGGGAAAAACCCUCGAGGGGCGUGGUCUACGCUGGUCACUUUUAUUUCUCUAAUUUUCCCUAUCUGGAUGAGAAGAGGAUCCCGUAUGAAUACGUCUGUAUGAUCCGGGAACCUGUAGAUCGAGUUAUUUCAUCAUAUGUAUAUUAUCACUAUAGCAACCGGGCACACAUCCAGCAGCUGCGCGACUCGAAAAUCGUAGUCAAUGAGAGCAUGGAGGACUGUCUCAGACAUCAAACAGGUGGAUGCGAAACGAAUGUGAUGACUCGAUAUUUCUGUGGCAACAACGUGUAUUGUAAAAGUGGAGGGAUAGUUGCCCUCAAUCAGGCCCUUGUUAACCUUGUCAGGAGCUUCACAGUCGUAGGAAUUGUAGAAGACAUGAAGCAGUCGCUUCAACUCUUCGCUCACACUUUGCCUCGAUAUUUCCACCAGGCGGACAAAAUGCCUCCACAGGUGAAGGAGCAGAAUGUGAACAAAGAGGGAGAACCGAUUCGAAGUAGCCUGAUGACAAACGAAACAAUCAGAGAGAAGAUCCGUGCAGCGAAUGCUGCAGAUGUGAUUCUAUACGAAUACGCUAGGAAACUGUUUCGGAGACGAAUGGAAGUGUGUGGCUUUAAUGUCACGUAGACAGAUGAUG